GUUAGUGUAGCCACGAGCCCUUACAAUAAACAACUGAAGCAUUUUCUGUUGCGCCUCGCCGAGCCUCCGCGUGCAUUUUGGCCGGGGCCUCGUGUCGCGCUGCCGAGCCCCAUUGCGUUGCCAGUCCGUCUUUGAGCCCGUGCUUCGUCGCGCCCCGCGGGGGCCCCGGCCUUCCAGGAAGCGCCAGGCUAUCGGCGGCGGGCCCCCAAUCGCCUCGCGGCCGCGCAUUUCCCGCGCCCUGGCUGCGAGAGUGCGCCGAGACUUGGAGGCGCCGGCGGUUCGCUGGAGUUGCCGGACUUGACGGGCGGCGUUGGUGUGGCGCUGCUCGAGCAGUUUCGCGGGCUGGUCAGGAGCGAAUUGAGUUUCGCUGAGGUCUCGAGCUGCUCUCGCGGUGCCGCCCUCGCGGCGCCGCGCGGCCUUGCGCGGGCGGAAGGGCGCCCUCGCGAAGCUGGUGGAGUCUCCUGUCGUCUACGAGCUGUCCCGCCUGGCGCUGAGAGAGCACGCGGCCGCGCGGCCUCGGACCGAGACGGAGUGCUCUCGGAAGGUUCACCAGUUCAGCCGCUCCGUGGUAGUCGGCUGUGCGGUCGACAUCCCGCUGGCCGCGCUCGACGAUCGGCUGGCGGAGUGCACGGGCCGCCAGAUCCGUCGAGGCGUCUCGGCGCCUCGAGGGGUGAAGCUGCUCGCCAGGGUCGCGCUCGCCCAGCCGAGGUCCCGGAAGAGCGUGCCGCGCGCUCUGCGGCGCAGAUGGCGGGCCCUGGAGGCGUGGCAGAAUGUCCUUCCCGUCGACCUCGCUUCUGUCAGAGGCGCGGCCCAUCUUCGGCGUAGUGAACAAUAGCUUGUGCGAUAUCUCGAUACGACAUUAACUUGUUCUUUUGCCUGAUGUUCAGCGCCUGCGCCCGUCCGAUCCAGCCGGUGGCUCUGCGGUCCGGGGGCCUCUAUGCACCCGGCCACGUCGCGACCUACGUGGCCGUUCAGCUGGGCCCGGAGAUAGAGGGGCCCCCUCGAAGGCAAAGGAUUUCGACGUCGCCAUCGAGCCGGGCCGCAGCGGGUGGGAGAGUCGCGCCGAUGCUGUCCCCUAUCCAGCCGAUCUUCGAGGGCGCGAGGGCCUGGGUGUUCAUCUGCCUUCAGCUUGCGGCUUCAAUGCAGAAGGUCAGUCGGGUUCUGGACUUCAACCUGGUGACCUACCAGGCCUGUCGCAGCGGCGCCGGCACGGACGUGGCGGCCGGCCAGCGGGCCCUGGCAGGUCUGAAGAGGCGGGGUGGCUGGGGGGCCGCUCUAACAUAAUUUCGAUGCAUGAAGUGAGUUCGGCUCAGCUUUAUUUGGAUGGCUCGCCCAGUGAAGCUCCGUGCUGGCGCCGAGCGUUGCGAGGAUAAUUUCGUGGGGAUCUUGGCGCGCGGCCCUGUGCGGCCAAAGCCUGCUUUUCACCCCCUGUGAAAGAGAAACGGCAUUCCGUGGUGGUCAUAGGCAGUUGGUUCAUGCAGCAUGCUGCAAUCUUGGGAGCAGGGUUCCUUGCCACCCAAAUCAGUAUAUCAGUGACAUUGCGUCGUUCCGUGUGUGCGAUAUGCGUGCAGGCAAAGAACGUGGGAUCGUUUUUGGUAUGAGCUCAUAUUCAAUCGCGACGUGACUUGUCCGACUGAUAUCAGACAUUCGUCGGUUGAGAAUCCCAGCUGUUUGGACUUGUCUUUUCGGCAAACAGUGAUAAGGUCGAAGCUCGUUUCCCAGCCUCGAGUUUCUUGUUUUUAAUUUUUAGAGUAUAUUCACUCUCUUCCAUUCAAAUGUGUUUCAUGGUGGCAGUGACCGUUGUAGCGUCUCAGUUUAUAUUGCCCAUAUGAUGUCAGCUGACGCCACCCGCCUUGGCCUCAGGUGCCAAGCCGUUCGGGCCCGCGAUGGUAAUCAGAAACACGUUGCCGUGCCUCGCGCCUCCGAGCUGGCCCCGACACUAUUCAGACGGCUGUUUGCUUUACUGUCUUGUCGGCCGUUCUGUCCGUGUACCGUAUGGUGUGAGAAGAGCUCCUAUUUUUGGGGGUGUGAUUUGGGUGAUAUGUAACGUGAGGCGAAGCGUGGCCCUCGCCUCCAGUUUCCUCGGGUCCGAUUCGCUUUUGCCAGCGAGUAUCAUGUAAUUCAUGGUGGUGCGCGCGCAUGAACGACUUCGCGGGGUUGUGGGCGCCAGUCUCAUCGAUCCUCAUCGUGUCACUCUGUCGUCAUCCUGGCUCCCCUCCCUUCUCCAGCCACCUCGGACUCGCCUAUCCUUUUCCUUUCCAGGGUGUGAUUUGAAGGUGAGGCGUGGCCCUUGCCUCUAGUUUCCUCGGGUCCGAGUCGCUUUAACCAGCGACGAUAGUAGAGAGAACCGUCCCCCACGAAAAACAAGGGUAGACGAAGGUCUGGACGGGGUGUGGAUGCUGUGGCCAGGUGAGAGAGCAGAAAGAGAGCCAUACAAAAAAGACACUUCUCGUGCUUCUCGUCCUUCUCCACGCGGUUUGCAAGGGGCGGCCGCCGCGCUGGCUUGCCCACUGCAUCCAGUCAGCAGGCAAUGUGAGGGGAUACUGGCGGGCGUUGCCACCGAUGCCGAGCCCAGCGUUUGCUUGGCCAGGUCCAAUGUCAGUGUAAACCCAGACGUCUGACGCGUGACUCUUCGCGUCGUGAGGUCGAUACAUCGUUGUGGAUGCAUGCGUGGUUAUGUGUCAUAUAGCCUAAGUCGGCGGCGCCAGAUGAAGCGCCCAAACUGCUUGGAACGCCU